AUGCCCAAGAAUAAUGACGUCAUUGAAGUGAUCAAGCUCCUCAUUGCAUUUGGGGCUGACAUCAAUCUCCCAAAUGAGAAUCAGAACAACGAGACACCUCUUGAUGUGGCCAGACGCUGCAACCACCAGUCUGCACGCAGUCUUCUUUCCGACCUUCGAGCCUUCAGCAGCACAAGCGAAGCUUUCGUCCGCUACAGAUUCGAGCGUCUCUCUUCUUUCCCCGAGGACAGUGAAUUGCCUGAGAAAUACGACAAUGUCGAUUUCAGUGCAGCUGGUGCAGAGUCUGUGGUUCCGCACGACAUUCCAGAUGUUUUCAAGGCACAAUUUGAGCAUUACAAGUCAGAGCUGACGCGCCAUUCGAUCAGUCGAGCUCAUGUGGAAGAUCCGGGGGCUUUAAUGAUGCAGCAGUUUGAGAUCGACCGCUUUGAAAAGACGAGGGGCGAGCUCCCACCAGAGUUGCAGGGAAAGGGUGGGAGUAGGAUCCUGUUUCUUGACGGUGGGGGGAUUCGGGGGCUGGUGCUAAUCGAAGUCCUCAUGAAGUUGCAGCAGCUCACCGGAACAUCUGUGGUAAAAAUGUUUGACUGGAUUGUAGGUACAUCAACCGGCGGAAUUCUGGCUCUGGCACUGGUUUACGCCAAGAAGUCAUUAGAAGACGUCAGGCGCCUCUACUUCAAGCUGAAAGAGCAGGUGUUCCAGGGAAAGGGUCUGAUAUCACAUUAUCUGGGGUUCUGCGAUAGCCAGAGGCUGGAGGAGUUACUGAUUGAAACAUUUGGCCGGGAAAUGAAGAUGACUGACCGCACCCACCCCAAGGUGCUGAUUUCAACUGUGGAUAAGAGAAAGAAUCCCACAAAGCUGCGGUUCUUCAACAACUGCUUUUUUAGCAAUGACAAUUUCGAUCACCCUGCUGAUGACACUCCUGUAUGGAAGGUAGCCCGCUACACCUCGGCAGCUCCGACAUACUUCACAGAGUGUGAUGAGUAUGUCGACGGGGGCCUCAUGGCUAACAAUCCCAGCUACGAAGGACUGAAAGUCAUUCGUGAUUUUUACCCCAAUCUUCACGUUGCGCUUGUCGUCUCCAUCGGCACGGGAAAGUUUGAAGAGCAGGAGAUAAAGGAGGCAGACAUCAUUACCUGCGUGAAUGCAUUCAGGAUCAUAGAAGCUGUAUCCGGCUUUAAAAAACUGUUUGAAUCGACACUCCAGGCAAUAGCAACUGACAGUCCAAAUGAAGCCACAGGUUUUACAUGCCGUCAGCUGCACAUCCCCUACUUCCGUUUCAACCCGAGUCUUGCUGAGAAGAUUGACCUGAACGAGGUGAAGACCGAGAAACUCGUGAGGCUCAUUCUCGAUACCAAGUGCUACUGCAACGAAAUGGGAGUGAGGGAUGAGCUGGGUCAUGUUGUUCAACUGCUGCAUGCUGCUGUGAAGGCCAACCAGUCUCAGGUCAUGUAUCGGGCAAGUGUCGGCAGUGCAGGCAGUGCAAGUGGUUGUGAGAAAUGACAUCACUUUGAUCGUUUAAUCACUAGUCAUCUUAAAAAAUAAGCGUGACCCAAUAGUAUUUUAUAGCUGCAUGCACAUGAUUACAACUCAACUUUAAUGAAAUCAUCUGAAAGUAUUAAAAGUACCGCAUAGACAAAAGUACUAUUAAUGAGUCUCCUCAGUGGUGCUAGCUUAUAGUUUAAAGUCUAGUUGCAGGCCUCGAUACCAACUCCCUGUGUACCAAUGCACACAUAUGGAUCUCCAUUGGGGUUCACAGCUCCAGAGGCCAGAAUAGUCACAAGUUCGUCGAAAGCGACAAAGAACUCAUCAAAGGUGUCGAAGUUGAAGAGGUGGUACUCACCGGGA